AUGUUGAUUUUUUGUGAACCAGGAAAUGUGCGCAAGUUAUGGGACGACCACUAUGAUUCUCUUUCUCAAGAUUAUAGGAAACAAUAUAGAUGUGCCGAACGAGUGCAAAAUAUGGUCCUCAUCAACAUUAGAGUCUUCCUAGAAUCUAUGAGUAAAAAGCUUAGUGAUUACGACCUUCCAAAUGUCAGUGCACACAUAGAUUUACAAUCAAGAGGCUAUCAUGAGGUGCAAGAAGAAUACUCUAUAAAUGUGGAAAAUGAAGACUUACAUGCGCAAGACUCUCUCAAUCCAGAACAGAAGUUUGCAUAUAAUGAGAUAAUGAGGCAUGUGGAUGAAAAUAUUCUGGGUGUGUUCUUCAUAGAUGGUCCUGGUGGAACCGGAAAGACAUUUUUGUACAAAGCAUUGUUGGCUAAUAUUCGUGCCCGUGGACUUAUUGCACUUGCAACUGUCACGUCAGGUGUUGCGGCUAACAACAUGUCAGGAGGGAGAACAGCUCAUUCACGAUUUGGAAUUCCCCUCAAUCCCUAUAAUAAAUCGAUGUGCAACAUCACUAAACAAAUCGGGAAAGCUCAGCUACUUCGCAAGGAAAAGGUAAUCAUAUGGGAUGAAGCAGCAAUGGCUAAAAGACAGGCAGUAGAAGUAGUUGAUCUGACAAUGCAAGACAUCACAUAUGAGAAGCUCCCUUUCGGUGGAAAGAUAAUGUUAUGGGAGGUGACUUUAGACGAGUGUUGUCGGUCCAACAUUUCCUUCUUUGCAAUCCAACGGGUUGAUUCAAAAUUUAUCAUUUCGAGGGCAAUAUUGUCAACUAAAAAUGAAAGUGUUGAUGAGAUUAAUAAUAAGUUGAUCGAACGAUUUUUUGGCGAGCAAAAAGUUUACUACAGUUUUGAUGAAGCAGAAGAUGACAAAAAUAACUUAUAUCCGAUAGAAUAUUUGAACUCGCUAAAUGUUAGUGGUGUACCCCCUCACUAUCUUCGGUUAAGAACUGGGUGCCCAGUAAUACUUUUGCGAAAUAUCGAUCCUUCAAAUGGGCUAUGUAAUGGCACCAGAUUGAUAUGUCGAGCUUUCCAACAAAAUGUCAUUGAUGCAGAGAUAGUUGUUGGACAACAUGCUGGAAAAAGAGUGUUUUUACCAAGAAUUCCUCUGUGUCCGUCUGACGAUGAGAUGUUCUCAUUCAAACUAAAGAGAAAGCAAUUUCCAAUUAAGCUUAGUUUCUCCAUGAUAAUCAAUAAAGCUCAAGGACAAACAAUUCCAAAUGUAUGUGUUUAUCUGCCAGAAUCGGUAUUGAUCUCACACGGCCAACUUUAUGCGGCGUUGUCCAGAGGAAUAUCACGUGUCAAUACCAAGGUAUUAGUAAAGCCAGAAAAAACUUUUGAUAAUGAUGAAAUCUACACAUCAAACGUUGUUUACAAAGAAGUUUUAUGUGAUUAA